CAAAGCAGAACACUCCCAAAAAUUAUGUCAACAGAGUCGGAGAAAGAGAGACAAAAUUUGUUACGUAAAAUCAACAAUUUGACAGCCAUAAUACAGAAUGCAACUAAAGAAAAGCAAAGCAAAAAUGUCUUCAAACGAGGACAGCAAGGAUACUCAGCCACACCCAGUACUCCACAUAGGCAGGUGAAAGAAAGAUACAAAAAACAACCCUCAGAGAAAUCAAUGAAUUCACAUGUAUGGGUAAGGAAGCAACAGGAAGUUCAGAAAGAUAGCAAAGAGAUAAAGGAAGUGACUCGAAAUAUUCAUAAUCAAAAAUCCCCUUGCAAACCAAUCGCUACCUAUCAAAGUGGGGCAUCAAAAAAAGAAGAGAAUGUAUUUAGUCAUGAACAUGAAGCUAGUAAAUAUUCAGAGAAGAAUGCAGAAAAAGAUGUCUUAAAACACAAGCUGAAGGAGACGGAGGAAAAUAUACGUAAAUUAAAAAUGUGCAUUACUCAGAAGAAAGAGCUUCAAAAGAAAGUACAAAUGAUAAAUCAUCAAGGUUCCAAUUCUACCUCUACAUCCAAACCUCGUGAGAAUAUAGACAGAACAGAAGUGAGAACAAAGUCUGGAUUUCCCUCAGAAAUGAAGUCAAUCACCCCAAUAUCAGAUCUUAUUUCUUCUAACAUGCAGAAAUGGAGUCAGAAGGAGCACACUCAGUCAUCUCGCAGUGACAAAAACAGUGUUUAUCCUGACAAUAAACGACCACACAAAGCUCAGUGGAAGUCAUUGAGACCUAAGAUGGAGAGCUCUAUCACUCCAAUUUCAGACAUUAUCGCACAAAAUCUGCAAAGGGAGAAGGCAGUACCAUUACACCCAAACUAUUCAUGUAUGAAUCAACAAACUGAGAGGCAUAAAACAAUCAAGGAGGGGGGAUUAUUCAGAAAUCAGCGAAUGAAUUUAGCUUUCGAAAAAGGUCCAGCAAAAUUGAAUCUGAGGUCUGUUACUCCAAUCAGUGAUCAAAUCUCGAGGAAUCUUGCCAAAAAGAGAUCUCCGAAGUAUCCAAAAUUUUCGAAAGACAAAAAAUGGAUGAAACACAAUUCAGCAUUUGUGCCUGCUGUACAAUCAUCCUUUAGUCAAUUUAGAUGGCAUUCACCAUCCAAGUCUGAUUUUCAGUGUCGGUGGCAUUCAAAAGCCAGUAAAUCUCAAAAGGCAGCCAGUGGUAUAAAGUCCAAGUACAAAAUAUCCUACAAUAUGUACAGAAAUAAUACAUGGAGAUCCCAGGGCAGGCAUACAUCAGGAAAUACAUAUAGAAAGCUUAGUUACCCAGGAACUUACAAGGACAGAUCAAAACAUGGAGUCAUUCCAGGAAAAUUUAAAUACACCACAUGGAAAAGUGGAGAGUCUUGGAGAUACAAGCACAGAGGGAAGGGAUUGCAUAACACGUCAACAAGGAAGUCAAGGUUUCAGUUGGAUAAACGAGGAUUGCAAUCCAAUAUAGGAUCAGGUCGUGUGACCCGUGCAAUGGCCUCAGUAAUUAAGGGUCAAUGUCUGGUGAUGAUUGAUGGUCGAGUGUACAGGACGAGUCAAUCUCAGCUAGCCGGGGGUCAUACAACACCAGGUCGGGUCAAGGGCAGUCGCUUCUCUGUGACGAGAAGGUCCCUAACUCUGACUCCUCAAGUUAACCAGAAAUGGAGAUCUCUCCUCCACCCCAGGACAGUAAACUCCAGCACAGCCACCACAAGGGUAUUGGCCAGUCGAGUCUUACAGAAGAGUAUACAAACAGCUGCCAUGAAAACCAAGAAAAAGAGGGAGGCACGUUUCUGUAUAUUUUACAACAGAUUUGGGAAGUGCAAUCGCGGGAAUAAAUGCAAGUACAUCCAUGACCCAGAAAAAGUGGCGGUGUGUACAAGAUUCCUUCGUGGAACUUGUGGUAUAGACAGCUGCCCAUUCUCCCAUAAAGUAGACAAAGACAAAAUGCCAGUCUGCUCCUAUUUCCUACGAGGUGUCUGCAACAAAGAAAAUUGUCCCUACCUCCAUGUCAAGGUCAGCAAGAAUGCCGAAGUUUGUCAGGACUUUCUACAGGGCUUCUGUCCAAAAGGGGCCAAGUGCAAGAAGAGACAUACCUUAGUCUGCCAAGCGUUUGCAGCGACUGGAUCAUGUUCAGAUGGAGACAACUGUAAACUGAAGCACCAUAAACAGCGAGUCCGGAAACGGAAGUCCACAGAGACGAGGAAUGUAUUUUUCAGUAAAAAUGCAUGGGAGGAGUUACCUAAAGGGGAUGAGGAAGCAUCUGUGGACAUACCACUGAAACAUCAGAAACUUCCAGCUUACAUAUCCAUUAACACGACAACUGGCAACCAGAAUGCUGAUGCACAAUUUCAGACCGAAACAUCAGGACAAAACAAAAGUAAAAUAGAUGUUAUCAAUCUUCUGCAAAUUUUAGCCAUUGAAUUGAUUUAUUUGAGUUUUGUUUAUUAACCCAGUAGCAACAAAGUAUCCUUGGGUAAAGGGGAUACAAGUUCAAGGAAUGUCAUGUUUCAUUCCAAGGGAGGUAAUAAAAAACACGAAGAAGUGAAAAUAGGAUGUUUUGGAAAAAAUAAUGAACUUUCUAAUUCAUAAAAUGAAGAUUCCAAUUCACGUAAUGAAAAUUCCAAUUUGUUAACAACAUGACCCUGAAGGCAGGAGGAGGGGUUCAAAUUUUUAUGCAGGAUAACAUAGAACAAUUCUUUAAAUAUCUUCUUCUCAAGAACCACAAAGGGGCAGUAUGCCAAAUUAAGGAGAAAUACUACUUCGUCAUAAUGGCCGACUUCCUUUCUGAAACUUGAAUGAAAAUAGAGAUAUCAGCAAUACAAGUAUAUUCCUUUUAGAUCUAAUUUACCUAGCUGGGUAGCUCAGUAGGUUUACAUGUCCACUGCUGAUAUGUAGAUCGUGCGUUGGAGUCUAGCAGGGGUUUUACAAUUUCUGUUUUUAGAUUGCUUUCUAUUAAAACUGCAUUUUUUCACUAAAUGAAGUAAGUUUAAAACUUUUCAAUUUCAGAUUAUUAUUGUACAUAUCCUAGAUAUCUCUGGUGUUAUUCCUCUUAAUGUGCAAGGGUCUUGAUGCGUUGUAGAUUUAUCUAUGUGCACAGUAGGACUCCCGUGUUCUGGACAGAGUGUUACAGAGACAUGUAUUUGUCAAUUCUUAUUCUCAAAACUUCUCAGGGCUUAAAUGGGUACACUGUGUAGAUUUGAUAUGCAAGCAUUUUUAUGUAAUGUGGAUCAGAGUUUGUUAACAUCAUGACUCCUAUAUUGGGCUGGAGUGGGCCUUGCCUCAGUAGGGAAGAUUGAUGCAGAAAUAUAUAGAGAAAUUCUUGGAAAUUUUUUUCCCCCGGAAAAUCCACAAGGGAACAAAUAGAUAAAUCAAGAUUCAAGUGUUGGAAUUGAACCGCAUGCUAAAAUGUAGUUACUCGUGUGAGUGAUGUUGUUAAAAAAACUUUUAAAGGAGGAAGUGGAGGCAUGCCACCACAAUCAAACACACACAGCAAAGGCCUCAGACCGUCAGACUGAUAAACAAAUUUGAAGGACAAUUGUUUUAGAUAUAUCCUGCUGAGUAUUGCCUUCAGAAAGUUCAUGUUAUACCCUGCAUCUAUCUAGCCCUAGUAAUGUGUGUCCGUCCCCCCCCCCCCCCCUUAACAUUAAAAUUAAUGUCACACUGUUUAUUUAAUUACCGUAGUCCCCUGACAUUAAUAGUAUGUGAAAUGGGAGAGAAGACAAUGUUGCAGAUACCACAGAACUUCAGGACUAACAAAGGAAAUAAGUAUCCCAGAAAAUUCCACUAUGUACAGUAUUGAAUUUAACAUGAUUUAUUUAUUUAUUUUUAGAAUUAAAGAUCAAGCCAGAGUUUUGAUCCUGAUCACAAAAAAUUAUGUUGGUGCUGUAAGUAAACCGUGAUUGAAUGGUCGUGAUAUUUUACAAAUUGAUAUCUGAGUAAAUUUUGUUUCUCUAUAGAUUGGAAGUUUAGGUCAUUAAAAAUAAAGGUAACUCAGACAGAUUCCUGUGAUUAAUUAUAUGUGUAAAAAUGCAGAAAAGUAAUAAAAUAAAUCCAAAGAACA